GUGCGCGAUGGAUGGAAUGAUGUCGGAUUAGCAGCCUCACAAUACUGGAAGUCGUUGGCUCGGUCAUAAUGAGUGAGGGACGGAGGGAGGGAGGCAGUACUCCGUAUAGAUAGAGAGGAGGACCCGUGAGAAGGUAGCUUGCAAAAAGCAACAAAAGCAGCCAGUGAACAGGACUAGGAUGUAUGAUAACGACCCCCCGUCGCUUGGCUUUGAGGGAAGGGAAAACUCAUUCACGCAGUCCCACCCACAGACACACACACCUCUACACACACACACACUCACACACAAACAAAAAAGUACUGCUCCUCUAUCUAUCUUCGUCGAUGCAUCAACGUCGAGGAUAUGUUGCGCAUGGAACGCCGCAAGGCUGCGGCAUUCAUUUACAUACAUACAGUCUUCACUGCUCAGAGAUAUAUCUCGGCAUGUGCUAUCAGCAAGCGAUCGCCUCUCAGACCCUCCAUCCUCCCCAAAGCCCAGCACAGCACGACAUUUCUCUGAAGCUGGGUUGUGUGCUCCAAUCAAUGAAUGACUCAAGAUCACGUCAACGUUCACAUUGUCAUGGCCAGAAAAAAGGCCAAAUUUGCAUGAACGAAAGAAAGCUCUUUUUUCGCAGACCAGACGCAGCUCGAGUGCCCCCAAAUGGACUCCUCCAUACGCAGUACGAGCACGCCCGAGCAGGCUAGCAGCAUUCUAUCUGCAACGCAUCCUCGACCGGAGACGCCGCCGCCAAAUACCUGCUCGUCCAGCUGCUGUACCGCUCUGUCAGUUGUAACAGGGUCCACAGGCACAGCGUUAUCGCAUGUGUGGCCCCAAAAGCAAGCACUAACUAUCCAUCAAUUGCGAUAUUUUCCUGCGAAAGUCGAUACGUAUGUAUGUAUCUAUGACUUCAGAGGACCGCAAGCACGCAGAUAGAGAUGCAGAAUCAAGAUAACGUAGGUAGUUUGUGCUCCGUCCUUCUGCUUCCAGCCUUGAUCAACCAGUCAUAUGGACAUC